CGCAGCCGGGCUGUCGCUAGGGGCACCAUGUCCCAGCGCUUCAUAGUGACCCCUGCCGAGGGGGACACGGGGACGCAGCACCCCAGCCCGGCCGGGACCCCGGAGCCCGUGCCCGAAGAGUCCAACUCGGAGACGCGCGGGGACGCGCUACCCAUUCUGCGCUACUGCCACGAGCCGAACCGCUACGGAGAUGGAACCCCGAGGGAGAACAGCCCCUUCAUCAACUUGGAGAUGGAGCGAGACAGCUCUCUGGAUGGUCGAAACAUGGCGCUCUUUGAGGAGGAGAUGGACAGUAACCCCAUGGUGUCAUCGCUGCUCAACAAGCUGGCCAACUACACCAACCUGAGCCAGGGCGUGGUGGAACAUGAAGAGGCAGAGGACAGCCGGCGGCGCCAGGCCAAGAGCCCACGCAUGGGCACCUUCAUUGGCGUCUACCUGCCAUGCCUUCAGAACAUCUUGGGCGUGGUCCUCUUCCUGCGCCUGGCCUGGAUCGUGGGUGCAGCUGGCGUUCUGGAGUCUUUGCUCAUCGUGUCCAUGUGCUGUGCCUGUACAAUGCUGACAGCCAUUUCCAUGAGCGCUAUUGCCACCAAUGGCGUGGUCCCAGCGGGCGGCUCCUACUACAUGAUCUCCCGCUCUCUGGGACCUGAAUUCGGGGGUGCCGUGGGCCUUUGCUUCUACUUGGGGACGACUUUUGCUGGGGCCAUGUACAUCCUGGGAACCAUUGAGAUCUUCUUGACGUACAUCUCGCCCAGUGCAGCCGUCUUCCAGGCUGAGUCUGUGGAUGGGGAGGCAGCCGCAAUGCUCAACAACAUGCGUGUCUACGGCACAGGCACCCUGGUGCUCAUGGCCCUGGUUGUCUUUGUGGGUGUCAAGUAUGUCAACAAGCUGGCCCUGGUCUUCCUGGCCUGUGUGGUGCUGUCCAUCAUGGCCAUCUAUGCUGGGGUCAUCAAGAGUGCACUGGAGCCGCCAGAUAUCCCGGUGUGUCUGUUGGGGAACCGCACUCUUGCCCGCCGUGGCUUUGAAGCCUGCACCAAGGCACUCACUGGCCCUAAUGGCUCGGUGAACACUGCCCUCUGGAUGCUUUUCUGCAAUGGCUCUGCCCUCACUGCCUCCUGCGAUGACUACUUCACCCAGAACAAUGUUUCUGAGAUCCAGGGCAUCCCUGGUGUGGCCAGCGGUGUCCUGCUGGAAAACCUAUGGAGCAUGUACGCAGACAAGGGAGCGUUUGUGGAAAAGCAGGGAGUACCCUCUGUGCCCGUGGCCAUGGCUGAGGAUAGCAGGUCCAGUGGACUGCCCUAUGUGCUCAAUGACAUCACCACUUACUUCACCAUGCUGGUUGGCAUCUACUUCCCAUCUGUCACGGGAAUCAUGGCCGGCUCCAACCGCUCUGGGGACCUCAGGGAUGCUCAGAAAUCCAUCCCCACAGGCACCAUCUUAGCCAUUGUGACGACGUCAUUUAUCUACCUCUCAUGCAUCGUCCUCUUCGGAGCCUGCAUCGAGGGUGUGAUCCUGCGGGACAAGUUUGGGGAGGCCCUUCAGGGCAAGCUGGUCAUUGGCAUGUUGGCUUGGCCAUCCCCCUGGGUUAUUAUCAUCGGCUCAUUCUUCUCUACCUGUGGGGCUGGCCUGCAGAGCCUUACAGGGGCACCGCGCCUGCUGCAGGCCAUUGCUCGGGACGGCAUCAUACCUUUCCUGCAGGUAUUUGGUCAUGGAAAAUCCAAUGGGGAGCCCACAUGGGCACUGCUGCUCACUGCCUUCAUCUGUGAGAUUGGCAUCCUCAUCGCCUCCCUGGACAGCGUGGCCCCCAUACUUUCCAUGUUCUUUCUCAUGUGCUAUAUGUUUGUGAACCUGGCCUGUGCCGUGCAGACGCUGCUGCGUACGCCCAACUGGCGCCCCCGAUUCAAGUACUACCACUGGACUCUGUCCUUCCUGGGCAUGAGCCUGUGCCUGGCGCUGAUGUUCAUCUGCUCCUGGUACUAUGCUCUCUCGGCCAUGCUCAUCGCUGGUUGCAUCUACAAGUACAUCGAGUACCGAGGGGCCGAGAAGGAAUGGGGUGAUGGAAUCCGGGGGCUGUCUCUGAAUGCCGCCCGCUAUGCUCUGCUGCGUGUGGAGCACGGACCCCCUCACACCAAGAACUGGAGGCCUCAGGUGCUGGUGAUGCUGAACUUGGACGCAGAGCAACACGUCAAACAUCCCAGGCUCUUGUCCUUCACGGGGCAGCUCAAGGCAGGCAAGGGGCUGACCAUCGUGGGCUCCGUGCUGGAGGGCACCUACCUGGACAAGCAUAAUGAGGCCCAGCGGGCUGAGGAGAAUAUCCGCGCUCUGAUGGGUGCUGAGAAGACCAAAGGCUUCUGCCAGCUGGUGGUGUCGUCCUCCCUACGGGAUGGCAUGUCACACCUCAUCCAGUCGGCUGGCCUGGGCGGUAUGAAGCACAACACAGUGUUAAUGGCCUGGCCGGAGUGCUGGAAGCAGCAGGAUAACCCCUUCUCCUGGAGGAACUUUGUAGACACGGUGCGUGACACCACAGCUGCGCAGCAGGCCCUGCUGGUGGCCAAGAACGUGGACCUGUUCCCAAACAACCAGGAGCGCCUCAGUGCAGGCCACAUAGACGUGUGGUGGGUGGUGCACGACGGAGGCCUGCUCAUGCUACUGCCCUUCCUGCUGCGGCAGCACAAGGUGUGGAGGAAGUGUCGGAUGCGUAUCUUCACUGUGGCCCAGGUGGAUGACAACAGCAUCCAGAUGAAGAAGGACCUGCAGAUGUUCCUCUACCACCUACGCAUCAGCGCUGAUGUAGAGGUGGUGGAAAUGGUGGAGAACGACAUUUCUGCCUUCACCUAUGAGAAGACACUGAUGAUGGAGCAGCGGUCCCAGAUGCUAAAGCAGAUGCAGCUGUCCAAGACGGAGCGAGAGCGGGAGGCACAGCUGAUCCACGAUAGGAACACGGCCGCCCACGCAUCAGCUGCCAAGACCCAAGCGCCAGCCACACCGGACAGGGUGCAAAUGACGUGGACCAAGGAGAAGCUGACUGCUGAGAAACACAAGAACAAGGACCAUGGCUCAGCCGCCUUCAAAGACAUUUUCCUGAAGCCGAACCAGUCCAACGUGAGGCGGAUGCACACGGCCGUGAAGCUCAAUGAUGUCGUCCUCAACAAGUCACAGGAUGCCCAGCUGGUCCUCCUCAACAUGCCCGGGCCCCCCCGCAGCCGGCAGGGUGACGAAAACUAUAUGGAAUUUCUCGAGGUCCUGACUGAGGGGCUCAACAGGGUUCUCUUGGUGCGGGGCAGCGGCCGGGAGGUGGUCACCAUCUACUCCUGAGGCCCCCGAGGACACUGGGGCAGCCAUCUCCCAGCCUCGGUGACCACAGUGCUUGCCUCGGCCACUCCGACCACGCCAAUCACGCUCUAGAAACCGCUUCCUCCUGCUGGUCACCUCAUGGACACUGGGGGGCCGUGAACAGGCUCCAGGCACUCACAGGGGUUCACUUGAGCCCUGACUGCCCCAGCCAGCUCGGGCUACAGGCCAAGAUUGGAAACGUCUUGCCUGGCCCCCAGGACCUGCACUGGAUCUCUGGCAUCCAAGGGGGCCUCCUGGGGCCCAUCACCCCUCCAGACUCUGCACUUUACUUGGCUCUGCUUCCUGGGUGAGGGAGCAACCUCCUUACCCCAUAUGCUCACUUAUUUAUUGAACCGCUCAGGCAGAGGGGACCCCAGUUCCAGGCAUUGCUCUAGGGUGUGGCCUGUGCUGAGCUCACAGGUCCUGGCUGUGUGCCUCUUGGGUCGUCAUGCCCCCCUCCCCCAAGAGCCAGGCAGGCCAGUGCCAGGACCCACCAUGUGCCCGUACAUCUAUCACCAGUCCUGCUCCAGCACAGCAGUGAAGUUGGCACGAAUGGAGGUUCCAUCCCUGGCUUCCUGUUGCCGCCCUGCAGGGGCCUGUUGCCCUUUCGUAGGAGAUGCGUCUUUGUAUGAUUUUUUAGUAGAAUAAAAAUUAUAUGGAACCUG